AUGUCGGCCAUCGGAGGGGACCGUUCCGCCCCGGACGAGCAGCCCUUCUCCUUCCACCAAGCCAGCAACGCGCAGCAGCAGAAGCCUUACGCACCAUCAACCAAUGACCAUGAGGGCGAAGACAGCGACGGAACCGCCGCUCGCGUCUUCCCAUCCUUCCCGGGCCAGCAGCGUCAUCAGCGCCGCGUCAACCGGCGCGGGCUCUGGACCCUGCUGCUUCUGCUGGCCUUCACCACCAUGGGCACACGGCUGUUCAGCCUGCCGCUCAACCGCGCCGUCGAGCUGCGGUACUGCCGCGCCUACUACGAGCGGUUGGGCGAUCCGUCGGUGCCGCCUGUCGCGGAGAUUCCGGAGGAGAUGUGCAAGGUCAAGGAGGUGCAGCAGCGGCUGGCGUGGCUGCAGGGCGUGGUCGAGACGCUGAUCGUCGGGAUCGAUCUGGCGGUGACGAUGCCGUUGGGCUGGGUGGGGGACAGGUUCGGAAGGAAGGUUGUGCUGGCGCUCAAUGCAGUGGGGUUUGCGUGCUUGGUGGCUUGGGUGGUGCUUGUUGGCCGCCUUGAUGGAGUAUUUCCGGUCGAAGCGAUGGUUGCUGGCCCUUUUUUCACAAUCCUGGGCGGUCACGACUGCGUUCUGACGUCGACCAUCUUCGCUAUGGUGACUGACCUAACCGACGAUCUCAUCCAAAGGACCUCAUACAUCGCCUAUAUCUCGUCAGUCAACUAUGUUAUAUCGCUCUUCGGGCCGUCGUUGGCAUCCUUUACUAUGUCUCGCGAUAUCUGGCUUCCAUUUUAUCUGAGCAUUGGUUUCUUUACCGCCGCGCUACCUACGAUCUAUCUUCUCCCUUCUACUGCGCCUCAACGCAGAAAAGCUUCUCCCAGCAACACUGGGCAUGACGACGCCCACGAAGAAGAGUCUCUCCUUGGUUCGGACUCUAUAUCGGCCGUACGCUCCAAUAAGCCCACGCGUCUCUCAGCGCGCAUUCUUGCACCCGUCAAAACAGUUUUACGCCUGGUAUUAGGCCGCCGCAACUUCCAAAUCCACCUUAUCGGCGGCUUUUUCCUCCCUGCACUCGCGUCCUCCAACACACAUCUCCUGCCACAGUACACUUCCAAGCGGUACGACUGGAAGUUCCAGCACGUCGGCUAUCUACUGUCCAUCAAGGCCGCCGUCAACAUCACGCUGCUCGCGCUUGUCAUCCCCGUGACCAUGAGAACGCUGCUGAAGCGCAUGCCGGGAAAGGAGGUGCGCCUGAACUACAGAGGCGCACAGGUCAGCCUCACAGUCUCCAUCUUGGGUGCACUUAGUAUUGCAGCAGCGGGGACGGUGGGAGUGCUGAUGUGUGCUCUCAUCAUAUAUGCUCUCGGCUCGGCCCUCCCGGUGUUCACCAUGUCCUUGGUCGAAUCCGCACCGAUAGCAGCAGCAGCCGCCGCCGCCACCGCCUCAUCCUCAUCAUUAUCGUCAACUACACCAUCCAUCGCCGACGAGGAUGUAACUCAGGCGGAUCGAGAGGAGUCGUCCUUCCGGGAUGACGACAGCCGUCCGAACCGCAACAGCACGUGCAACAACAACCAUAGCAAUAACGCACAACAGGACUAUAGCGUCGUCAUGCUGGUCAAGACGGUGGGGUCACUCGUGGGUGCACCGCUCAUGACUCUCGCUUGGGUGAAGGGAAUCGGGCUGGGCGGAGCGGCCUUGGGGUUGCCGUAUUUCUUGUCUUCGAUUCUGUACGCCGGUGCGGCCGCCGUGCUGUGCCUUUUGAGGCUUUGA